AUGGGUUCGUUGGGACUGUUUUUAAAGCGGAGUUGGAGGAGGGAGAGUAUAUUUGCAGAAGAUUUUUUUGCUAAACUCUAUUUUCAAUUGGUAGGCGCGGAUCAACUACGUGUUACCAGCUCCUUCAAUCUAGCGCUAGUGGUUCACGGUUCACCACCCCUCCCUGGUUCACCACCCCUCCCGCAUUCUCAACACCAAAUCUAUUCAAUCACCUCAUCUCACAUAAUGGACCAUCUUACGAUCAAGUUCCCCGCCCGAAGACUAUCACAGAACAACGUAGCACAUACUUUAAAUGAUUGCAUAUCACAAACAGGAGAUAACUAG